AUGCGGGUAAUAUUUCGUGUCGAUUUUCCGAAGUUCAAGCCCAGCGGCGAGCGUCGUCCACUCCUCAACCGAGUGAAUCGUCCUCCUCGCCGUCGUCUGUACGACAACGAGACGGCUGCGGUGCGGGGAGCGGCGCGCAGCGCCGCCAGUCCCUCCUCGCUAGCCUGGAACACCGGGGAGAGCACGUCGCAGAGCGUCUUUGACGUCAUCCGUCAGCGAUAUAGGUUCAAGCCCAGCGGCGAGCGUCAUCCACUCUUCAAGAGAAAGUGUCAUUCUCCUCGCGGACCCUUGUACGAUAAGGAGACGGCUGCGGUCCGGGGAGCGGCGCGCAGCGCCGCGAGUCCCCCUCUCACUCGCCGAAGAGAGCGCGUCCGGCAGGAUGUCGAGAGGGGGCACGCAGCGGGGGAUUUGGAGCGCCGAAUUCUCGAGGCCCAAGCCCAGCGGCGAGCGUCACGCGGUGCAGAAGAUAUUGCACCGACGUCCCCGCCAUUCGACGCCUUCGAGCGAAGCGGUUGCGUAGCGAGGGCGGCGGCGCGCAGCGCCGCCAGUCCCGAUCGUGCUCUCCUCCCACUCCACCACUUGCCAGCCUCUGUCUCAGUGCCGUACGAGACUGAACGCGUCCACGCCGCUCACCGCGUGUUUCCAACGUUGAGGUCCAGAGAAGAGGGGCGCGCAGCGCCCCGCGGUUUCCCGUCCGAGUCGCCUGCGGCAUUGAGGACGACGUUCUUCUCGUGCUGGCGCGCUCCCACUCGUUGGUGGAACGUUCGAGGUGCGCGUCGUGCCGUCGUGGCUCGCAUAGACCGCCUCGAUCUUCCACGAUUACGCCGUGGAUUGGGACGUCGCGCGUGCGCGUUCGUCUCCCGUGUGCGGCGGUUGUCGAUGCACCGUGCCUGCAUGAUUUCUACGCUUGAAUAUCCGUGCGUCCGGUGCUGGGCCGGCGUCCUUCGCGGAUCGUCGCUACGUACCCCCGAAGGCUUGCGGUCAACACUGGAGCCUUCUGCUGCAGGUCGACUGCGCCCCCCCUCCGCUGUGCAAGGCUGCACCAGGUUCGUCGUUCUGCUGUCUGUCGCGGGUUGCGCGAUACCGGCGUCGAUCGUCGCCGAGAUCCACGCGGUGAAAGCGUACAACGCGGCCGAGCGCGUUUGA